GUUCUUGGCAACGCUUGGGGCCACUUCUGUCCCCCCCCCCCCUCCAUGGAGCCAGAGUGGGUGGUAGUGGCAGCACCAGAGGCACAAGGAAGAGCCACUCCGAGGACCAAGCAACAGCAGGAGCAGCACUCCCCCACCCCUUCUGACCAUUCAGCGAUGGCUGCUCUGCCCUGGACUCUGCUGUUCGCCUGCCUGUUUCCUCUGCACACCACGCACCGUGGGGCUCCUCUUGUGUGCGCCCUAGAUUCAGGGGAAGAAAUUCCUCAGAGGAACAUCCUCCAAGGCCCCGACGGGAAUGGAUCUACAGAAGCCGCCCUGCUGCUGGAUCUUGCUCUGCCCGAGGCAACCACUGCUGUGCCCCUGGCUGCCACCCUGCUGCCUUACAGGCUCCCCAAUGAAGUGUCACAGCCAGAGGGCGAGGGCUCAGCUGAGAAGGUCAUAGAAGAGCACCAAAGCUCUUCUGAGGAGGAGGAGGGGGACCACGGACAAGGCUGCAGGAAGGGCCUCUCUCCAAAGAAUAUGUCCGAGAUCACUCACGCUAUGAUGAUGUUUGCCACUGACCUCCUGCGCGAGAUGGAGAGGGAGAACGGCGAGGACAACAUCUUCUUCUCUCCUCUCAGUGUCAGCCUGGCGCUUGCCCACUUGGCUCUAGGAGCAGCUAAUCAGACAGAGAAACAGCUGCUGGAGGCCCUGCGGGUGGAGCUCAUGCCUUGCAUUCACCAGGCCCUGCAUGGUAUGUCCCAGCACCUGAGCAAGACGGCGCUCAGCAUAGCUGCCCGUAUUUACCUGGAAAAAGGAUUCCUUGUGAAAGAGAAAUUCCUGGAAGACUCGGAGAGGUUCUACGGGGCCAAGCCAGCCAGCUUGUCAGGAAACAAUGAGGCAGACCUGGCAGCCAUCAACAACUGGGUGAAAGAAGCAACCAACGGGCAGAUCUCCACCAUGCUGUCCGACCUGCCGGCCAACACCGUAAUGCUCCUGCUCAACGCAGUCCAUUUUCAAGGAUUUUGGGAGACCAAAUUUGACCCUAACCUGACUGAGCCUAGAAUGUUCCAUCUGGAUGAUGAGUUCACAGUCUCCGUGGAGAUGAUGAAGGCACAGAUGCUACUUAGCUGGUUUUCAGUAGAGUCCCUGGAUAUUCAGGUUGCCAGGUUCCCCUUCAAAGGCAACACGACCCUCGUGGUCCUUCUCCCCAACCACGUUGAGAGGAACUUCUCUCGGCUGCUGCCUGAGUUCCACAAAGUCAAUGGCCAAACUGCCUUCCCCAAGGAGAGGCCCACCAGCGUGAUGAUGCCUAAGCUGCACUUGCAAUACCACCUGGACCUCAACCAAGCUCUCAGCCACUUAGGUCUUGGCGAGUUGUUUUCUUCCCCAAAUCUCCGUCCCAUCGCAGAGGGACCUCUCUUUGUCUCCAGCAUCCAGCACCGAGCUGCCUUAGAGCUUUCAGAGGCCGGGGUAGAGGCGUCGGCCGCGACCAGUGUGGCCAUGUCUCGUUCCCGCUCUGAUUUCCACCUUAACCGGCCUUUCCUCUUCAUUAUCAAGGACUUCACAGGCAUCCCCCUCUUCCUUGGUAGCAUCCGGAACCCCGAACCCAGUGCUCCAAAGCAGGGGAAAACAAAGGAUUGUGUACCAAUAAGUGAUGGAGAAUCAUCGCUGGUCUGUGCAAAAGACCCCGAGAAGCUCUGAAUGGCCGUUGGUAUGCAUUAAAGCCAGGGCAACUGUGUCAUAGUCAAUCAGAGCUUUUCAGGGACCAUGCCCAAGCGGCCGCACAUGCACACACAAAUUUGACCUUCCAACUGGCCAUUGAUAGAAAGGGUGGCGAUUCUGCAACCAAUCCUAAAAGCUUCAAAAUAUAGCCCUAUAAAUAUAUCUGCCUCCAAAGCCUAUUGAAAUGCAUUGGGAUGGGUGGUGGUCCUGCACUCUGACCUGGUGCAAGACUCUGCCUCACUUGGAAUAAAGGUAAAUAACAGGCUUGUU